CAUGAGUUUACGAUUCACGGUAAAGAAAACAUCAAUUGACUGAACAUGGCUUCUUCCCUUUCGCGACUCGCAGCUCAGGCUGUACAUAUCACAACAGAUCCAAUCCCUCGCUCGUUAACCGAGAGCAGACAGGUCCUCGCGGCCUUGCAGAGGUUCGGCGAAGUCGUCACCUUUCGCAACCUAUGGAGCGAUGAGUUCAAACAGCACGACGCAAAAAACUCCUCUCCAGCACAUGCCCGCCACACCGUUGUCAUCUUCGAAACGCGCGAUGCGGCAUCUCGCGCAAUCGCGGCAUCGCCCUUGACUAUCCCCCUCCCAUUUGCAAAAGCGAACGUAAAAAAAUAUACAAACACAAGUACAACUGCGCCCAACUCUCCUUUCUCAACCCUAGGGCAGUCACAACCCCGCUUCCUUAACUGCCACAUUCAAAAAUCUCACCACAACCACGAGUCCGCCGUAAAGCGCAAUCCGUACCACAGUUACUUCGAAGUCGACCGUGAUACGCACCAGUAUCGGGAUUUGGUGAAUUCAACGCAGAUUCCACUUAGGGAUCUGGCAGGUGGGUUUUUGGGUAAGAAACAGGGGAAGAAGAGGAUUUCUGCGGAGAAUGAGAAGUGGGGGGCUACGUCUUUGUGGGGGAUGUAUGAGCAGGGGUUGAAGGCGGAAGGGAGGGGUGGUAAUGGUGACAAUGGUGGUGCUAUUGGGAGAGGGUGA